GCUUCACUGACUGAUGCGAAAAUCCCCCUUAUUCAUCGAUCAAAUUCAAAAGACUCUUCUGCUUUAAUUCAACAAAAAUUGAUUGAACCUGUGGCAGGUAACAUGGUCCCUCAUGAUAUCUCUAAUCCGGAUAGCAUACCUGAAUGUAUCAUAACUUCUUCAUCCCAAAUUUCGAAUGCUCCUCUUAAAGUUUCUUGUUCAAUUAAUGCAUUCACAUCUUCUUCUUUUGACUCCCAAAAUAAAUCUAAUAUCAAAGUUUCUUCCGGGAAUUAUCUUCCUGUUGAUAGUCCUCUAUCCGCAUCCCCUCAUCCUUCUACUUCACCACCAUUAUCUCCUACUUCAUUUUCAAGUGCGUCAUCAGCUACUGCUUUGACAACUGCUAAUUCUGAUGAAAGUAUGGAUAUGCCGAAUAGUAUGAAUUUUGAUUCGGAAAAUUGGAAUGUGUUCUCAUCAGAUAUAAAAAAUAAUUCUGAUCCAGGUAAAAUGAAUAAGACUACUACUUCGCCUUGCCUUCUCAAUACUACAACUGACUACAGUCGUCACUUUCCUACUUUAGAUGAAAGUGUAAAUGAAGAAGAAGAUUAUUUGAGACCGCCUACACCGCCUCCACGUUCAGCAUCUACAUUAUGUUCUUCAGGAAUGCCUAGUGUUUUUUUCGUCAGUUUCCCAAAUCAUAUAUCUCUGAACUCAAUGACACCAUCUUUUGAUCAGCCUACAGGAUAUUUACAAACUAAUUUUCCCUAUUCUUCACAACCUUAUCCUAGUCCUUCAUCUACACCGAGUACAAAUUUGUCUUUAUCCUCUUCCUUGUCACGAAAUCAUCCUUCACGUGCACAUGUUAUUCAACCAAAUUCCCGUCGAGCUCAUCGUACUCAAUAUUAUACUCAACAAAUACAUACUGACUUGCAUUCUCUACCAAAUACUAAAGGAUUGAAAUUCAAUGAAAACAAUAUCGAUCCUGCAUGCUUUAUGUCACCGACAGAUUUAUUUACCACUCAACAGCCUAGAUUCAUUGUAACAAGUCAACCAAAUGUACAACUUAAGAGUACAGUUUUACCAAAUGGAGUAGUUUGUAGUACCAUUGACAGUGCUAAUAUGUGGAAUACAAAGAAUGUCAUUAUAUGGGAUGAUAGUAAUUGUUUUAACUCUAAUACUUAUGAAUCACUUCAAAUAUUUGAUUCUGAUGUUAAUAAAACUUCAAUGACAACAGUUUUACCGACAACUACGAAAGCAUAUUCAACAGCUAAUCUAAUGAAUAAUUUUCCACGUUCUGCUUCUGGUGGAUUUAUUGGCCCUGGUGAAAGUACAGAUUCUUCUUCUGUGCGAACUUAUGGUUCAUAUAAUAAUCAUAACAACAAUCGUUCACGUCCCACACCACUUCGUAAAACUGCACAACAAAUUUAUGUUCAUCCAGGUCAUCCAGCAUUUUCUUCAUUUAUUGGACCAUUUGAUUGGCCGAGUCAUUUAUUUAAAGCAGAACAAGAUAUAUCUACACUAAUGAGUUGGACAAAGUCGAAUUUUUCAAAACGUAUAUUGGUCUCCUCUGAACCUGCAUUAAAGAAACAAGUUGCCCAGUUGUUUAAAGUGAUUCAAUCAUUUAUGGGCGAUAGAAAAG